GGAGAAGAUUAAUUCUGCUAGUCAGUGAAGAUCUUAAACAAAGUGACACAGACAAUAAAGACUACAGAAGGGUAACUAUGGCGAUGUUGACUGUUCUGCUCCUCAGUGCUGUCUUCAGCCCUCUGACCCAAGGAUCCUGUAUCAGCUGUGGGUUGCAGAACACUGACCCAGUGGCUGGAAGUGACCCAGCUCCACCCUCCUGUCCAGAUGGCUGGAAGGCAAAUGGACCCCACUGCUUCCAGUAUGUCAGAAAUCCAUUGAGCUGGUCUGAUGCCUUGAAUAACUGUCUUCAGCUGGGAGGAAACCUGGCCUCCAUCCACAGCCUGGCAGAAGAGCGCUUCCUGUUAUCCAUGAGUCUCACUGGUAGUGAUGCAGGCAUCACUUGGAUUGGGGGUCAUGUGGCUGGUUAUUUACAUGAGGUGGAAUUCAAUUGGACCGACACGUCGGCGCCGGUGUACAGACAUAAACUGGCCCAGGGACCUGGCCCCUCCCCCUUCUGUGUGACCCUGGAAGAACCUGCUGCCGGGUCUCCCCAGUGGUUCCCCGCACCCUGCCACAGACGCCAUCCGUCCCUCUGCCAGAACCAUUGAGCAAAACACGCUGGUCCAGAUCUUUUUGGUUGCACUGUAACUGCUUUAUCCAGGUGAAUGUUUCCAUUCAGGAUGUAGUAAAUACAAUCAAUGUUUUAGUAAUAUCACACCUCUACAAUACAAGGGUGCCUUUUAUCAGCAUGGUUUGAACUAAGCCCUGGUCUCUAAUGUGAUCCUGUGUGACUUCCAUCAUUUGUGUCUACUUAACUGAACUCCAGUAUUGUGACAUCAGGCUGUAUUCAUCUAUUAAAGCAUAUUUUGUGAAACCCACAA